UAAGUGACCCUUAUAAUUUUACGGGAUCUGGAUUUAAUCCGGGUAGAAUUGAAACUAAAGUCUUCAAAAAUGGUAACCAAUCAAUGAUACAAGAUCUACACAGGAAAAUAAAUGUUAAAGUAGCACAAACUGAUUCGAUUUAUCAUCAUCUUACGAGUGAAGUUACUCCCUUGAGCAAUUUCCUAUUAAAAAACAUUCAGUGA